AUGGAGACCGUUUGGCGAAAGGUGGUGCUCGUGGAUGCAGCUGGCGCGCCCACGGCCGAUGGUAUGCGGAUCCUGGAGCAAGAGAUGGCCCAAGAUCACGUAGCGGUCGUCUCGUUUCUCGGCUCCCCGUCCACAAGGGCUGAAAGGAGCGAGUUGGUCGCUCGAUUGCUGGGUGGUGAUGAGCACGUCGAAGCCUCAAGUGGCGAUGGGCUCGAGCUGCUGGCAAGCGCCGCGUACGUUGAACGCGAACGCCAACUGCUGAUACUGAACUUCGACUGGGUGGCGAGUGAUGAUGCCGGCUUUGGACCGCUCAUUGGUGCGUUCUGCGCUCUGUCGUCGCUCGUUGUUUCAUGCUGCGACGAGUCCAUGUCCGUGCGGUGCCUCGCUCCAUGUCUGCCCCAAUUCCAGUCACUUUUCCAGACACUGUCACAGGAGUUUACGACAUCGGAAGUGUUUGAGAUGCUGCCUGCGAUGCUGGACAUUGACCUAUCUCCUCGUUGCUCGCUUGCUGUUGAGGAGGGAGGGGAGAGGUUGACAGGUGUCGAAGCACUUGCAAGCCUUGUUCGUCUGAAGAGAGUCGGGACCUUGGAUCUCCAAAGCAUUGCACACAUGAACUUUGACGAGUUUUGUAGCUCGCAUGCGACGGUCAAAAAGUUGUUUGGGGUUGAGAUGACAGGGGAGAUGCUCGCCUCUCUUCUUCGCAAGCUAUCGGUUCAAGUGUCUAAUCAGGAUCCUGUCGACUUUGGCACUGCCUGGGACGACUUUGUGGAAGACAAGUGUCGGGUAGUGGCGGAGGAUGCGCUGAGCACUUAUGAGGACUGCGUGCAUCCGUGCGUGUUAGAGUACCCGCCCAUGGAGCUAGACGCGUUCCGGCAAUUGCAUGAAGAGAUGUGGCGCCUGAGCAUGGGCGUGUACUGUACGGCGAGCAAGUACAAAUCCGGAAGGCAUCGUCUAGUGCGCCACAAGCUCAAGGCCGAUAUUCGCACGCGGUACGAGGCCAAAUUAGGUAUACUCACGGAAAAGUCGCGGGAAUUCUGCGAAGAAGUACGACAGACUCUCUGGACAGAUCUCGUUUCACGUGCGCGAGAUAGCGGGACGUUUGCCGCUAUGUUAGCUGCCAUCCAGGAGUUCGACAAGCAAUAUGAUGAGAGAGCACGAGGUCCAGAAAAAGCUUCUGUGCUUCGUGACUUCUACCAGCAGGAAGUGAUUCAAGCCUUCCAGGAGCUUGAAAAUGUUGUGACACAGCAGCUAAGCGAGUCUCGUCUGAGAGAGUUGCGGCUACAGCUUGAGAAGGCUUUCGCAGACAAAAAGGAUGCUCUUGUUGAUCACUUUAAGAAAGAGGAAGCUCAGCUGCGCGUUCGAGUGGCGCAAGACAUGGAGACGAUGCAGAAGAUGUACGAGGCCAGGAUGGCCCGUGUCAACAUCGAUGGAAGUGAAGUCAAGCAGCUUCGAGACGAGAUCAACGAGCUAAAACGUCAGAAUACCGAGCUUCAAGAAAAAGCGAUCGUGCUGGAACAUGCGCGACAGGAUGCAAUAAACCAGAAGGAAGUCUUUGCAACGAAAGUGGAUGACCUGGAAGUCGCAGUACAUCGCGAGACGGUGAGUCGCACCGAGAUCGUAGAAACGCUUGCAUUGACGAUCAAGAAUGCCGAAGAAAAUGAAAAAGUGCUGAACGAAAAGAUAGCAGAGCUGCAGCAUGAACUUGGAGAGAAAACGUUUCGUGUCGAGGGUGAGCUGCAAGACAUGACACAGAAGCUUCGCAAGACGAGUGAGGAAAAGGAAGAGCUGCAAAAGAAGCUCACCGAUAUGAUCUUGAAGGUGACAGCACUACCAGAGGCUCUACAAGAGCAUCUCUUUUGCAUGGACAGUGACAGCGGGGCUGAUUUCGCAGACGUCCUUGCAACCUACAUGAGCCAAUAG